ACGUAGACGAAUAUGGCGUAAGAAUUUUCGUUUAAUAAUAAAUAUGACGUAGAAUAGAAUAGAAUAAAAUUAAUGAUUAUAACGAACGAUUAGAAAACGUUUAAUGGCUUGGGUAAUGACUCUUAAAUUGUACGGCCCUGUCGCGUCGGCACUUGCACUUUGAGCCCGGCCUACGAUAGGCGCGCUGGAAUCGGCUUCGCCGGCUCGUGACUCACGGCUGUACACAUCGCGAGCGAGCAAGCGAGCGAACGAACGAACGAACGAACGAACGAGCGAGCGAGCGAGCGAACGAACGAACGAGCGAGCGAGCGAACGAGCGAGCGAGCGAGCAAGUAAGCGAGCAAGAAACCGAGGCUUUCGUUGCAGCCGCCGGCCGACGAGCGAACAGUGUUUCCUAGUGUGUCGUUCUUGUCUUACGUUGUUACAUCGUCGUCUCUAGUGUACAGAGAAAGGUGCAAACUCAUCGUCUCUGGUUUCUAUCGCCCAGGAACGUGGACUUUAAAAAUCGAUGUUGAAACGUUAUCGAUCGAUCGAUCGUUUUCAUGAAGGACAUCUUUUACUGUCGAGGAAGCCCGAGAGAGAAGAUCGUGUCUUAAAAAUAAAAGGAGGGGAGAAGAGAGAGAGAGAAGAAAGGAAAAGAAAAGAUAGAGAAGAGGAUAGACACGAAAGAAGAAGGUUGCUCUAAUUUGUGUCAACUCGAACAAGACAAACUCGAUUCCUCGAUCAUGGAGGAUCGAGAGAGUCCCUUUGCUAGGACUCAAGCUAGUAGAAGCUCGAUAAGACCACCGAGUAUUUUACGAAAGGCUGCCAUGCUAACGGUUGGUAGUGUCAGUGGUGUUGGUAGUGGUGGUGUUGGUGGUGGUAAUGGUGGUAAUGGUGGUAGUAAUGGUGGUCACGAAACUGGACGACAGGAAGUAACAAGUCCAAAAACAAUGAACAAGAGACUACCUACGACUCACACUGCCUUGGACAAUUUGAAACAAUGGGAAUUGGUUGAAGAUGGUAAUAAAGGUCUUCAAGUUGUCGAGAAAAGAAGUUGUACGAAGGUACCGUGUAGUCCUUCUUAUGGAAAUAGGACCCCGGUGUUCGCAAGAAGGACAAUGCCUGUUGAAAAUGCAAUGAUCGACGUGAAUCUCGAAGAAAAGUUAAAGGCUUUCAAGAACUCGAAGAUCAUUCAACCGAUUCUCGAGCCAUCAUUGAUAUCUUUACCGAACGAGCAAGUGACUCCGAUCGAUUCGUCAAAACCACCUGUCAGUCUUGAUUUGAUAUUGAAGCAACGUCAAGAGCAACAACAACAAAAGCAGCAGCAACAGCAACAACAACAACAAGAAAAACAGCAGCAUCAGCAACAACAGAAACAAAAUAAAAAUACGAACGAGGAAAGUACCGACAUGCUUCAACGAUUGGAACAACAGGUCAAGGCGAUUGAGAUGGGUACGAUCGCAGCUGCGAAAACCCGUCAAUUGGAAAACAGCGAGGAAUUUGGGCACGAGGUUGAAUUACGUUACAGGGAACACGAGGAUCUAUUGAAGAAUGUAACAGACGACGAGGCCGAGGGGGCCUCACCGUUGCAUCGUGGAGACGCUACGAGAAACUCAACCGGAAAUGCAAGCAUUGCAUCGAAGAAGCCGUCCUCGGUGAAACUCUCGAGGACAGCUUCCGAUACUAGACGAGGACAGGAAACGGAAAUUCCCUUGAGAGCUCAGACGAGGGUGCAACCAGUUCGCACCCUCGUACGACCGAUCAUCACAAAGAAAGAUCAUCAACGUCAGCUGCAGCAACAACAGCAACAGCUACAGCUACAGCAACAACAACAACAACAACAACUACAACAGCAGCAUCAUCAUCAUCAUCAGCAGCAGCAGCAGCAACAACAACAGAACAAUAUUGUGAGCAGUAGUUUCAGGCCACUCUCUGACGUCAUGCAGAAAGGUGUUCGUAACGAGAAGGAGACAGGGGAUGGCGUUGGAGCAUUGUCGACCAGCGGUGGACGAAUGUCGUCCAGGAGCCGUACCUCCGAGGAACCGCACAUCGGCAAAUACAAGUUACUCAAAACCAUUGGUAAGGGUAACUUCGCCAAGGUCAAGCUUGCUAAGCAUGUGCCUACGGGGAAGGAGGUGGCCAUCAAGAUUAUCGACAAAACGCAACUUAAUCCGGGUAGUCUUCAAAAGCUCUUUCGAGAAGUAAGGAUAAUGAAGAUGCUCGACCAUCCGAACAUAGUGAAACUUUUCCAAGUUAUCGAGACUGAAAAGACACUGUACCUGGUAAUGGAGUAUGCUAGCGGUGGCGAGGUAUUCGAUUAUCUCGUUUUACACGGUCGAAUGAAGGAAAAGGAGGCCCGUGCUAAAUUCAGGCAAAUCGUAUCUGCCGUGCAAUACUGCCAUCAGAAAAAGAUCAUCCAUAGAGACUUAAAGGCCGAGAACUUGCUGCUUGACAGUGAGAUGAACAUAAAGAUCGCCGACUUUGGUUUCAGUAAUGAAUUCACACCUGGUAACAAGUUGGACACCUUCUGUGGCUCGCCACCUUAUGCGGCGCCUGAACUUUUCCAAGGUAAAAAGUACGACGGACCUGAAGUGGACGUAUGGUCGUUGGGAGUUAUUCUGUAUACAUUAGUAUCUGGCUCACUGCCAUUCGAUGGGUCAACACUGAGGGAGUUAAGGGAAAGGGUACUAAGAGGAAAGUACCGGAUCCCAUUUUACAUGUCCACCGACUGUGAAAAUCUCCUGAAAAAAUUCUUGGUGCUUAACCCUACGAAGCGGGCCUCAUUAGAGGUACGUGGAGAUAAGAAUAUAAUGAAGGAUAAAUGGAUGAAUAUGGGAUAUGAAGAUGAUGAGUUAAAACCGUACUUAGAACCUGAACCUGAUUAUAAAGACCACAAGAGGAUAGGUGAGUCUGCCAAGGCCUUAGCUAAUAUGGGAUACACGAGAAGCGAAAUCGAAGACUCAUUAGGUCAAGCUAAAUACGAUGAUGUAUUCGCGACAUACUUGCUAUUAGGCAGAAAAACAACAGAUCCUGAAAGUGAUGGCUCGCGAUCUGGCAGUUCUUUAUCAUUGCGCACUAUUCCUGCACAAGUUGGUUCGGGCGGAGGAGGAAGUAGUGGAGGAGGUACAGGUGGUGCUGUACAAAGUCCGUCACACAGAAGUGUUCACAGAAGUAUUUCUGCUAGCAAUCCAAAGCCCAGCAGACGGGCCUCGUCUGGUGGCGAAACCCUUCGAGGUGCACCAAGUCCAGGUAAUGCAACGAAUCAUAAUCAUGCUCCUGCUGUAACUGGUGGAACAGUUACCAGUAGUGGUGGUAGCAAUUUCAAACGGCAGAAUACUGUAGAUGCGGCUACGAUCAAGGAGAAUAGUGCUCGUGUUUCUGCGGCUCGACCUUCCGCCCCGAAAAACAGUCCCGGGCAACUCGAUACUAUGACAAUGUUCAUUCUAGGCGUGGGUACAAGUCCCAGUAGUAAAGGAAGGGUGGGCAACAAGAGCAACACAAUGAAUGCAGGAGUAGGUGGUGUUCGGCCACUUACCUCACCUGCUCCUGGUUCUGUUGGUCGACGUAGCACCAUCUCCUAUGACCAAGCAAAAACAUCUUCUUCUACUGAAAGAACCAACGACGUACCCAGUUUUGUGCACAGCCUGGGCGAAGGCACUAGACCAACACGGGGUCACACCAAGUCUGCGAGCAUCAGUGCAGGUCACCGUUCCUCCAGUGGCGUACCUCCCAGCGACCAUUCACUACUGGACCCUCAACCACGCAACGCCCACAACUCCUUACUCGCCACUGCUGACCCUCUUAGGCAGAGCUUGGGUGUACCUCCAAGCAAUAGACUGGCAACACCAACAACACCGGCAUUUCCACGAAAUGUUCCAAGCCGUAGUACGUUCCAUUCUGGGCAAAACAGAGCACAACGUACUCAUACUCAGGGUCAUACACAUACACAGGACACAAAUGCGAUUAGCCCCCUAGCAAGGCCGUCCUUUUUCUCCAAGUUGUCUUCAAAAUUCUCCAAACGGACGUGAACAAAAUAAACUUGGCUUCGUCUGAAGUUUCAACAAGCAAAAAGGCCAUACAGAUACAAGUCCUAACAAUCAUGUGUAUGCUGAUUGUCUUACAUAAAUUGAGCAUGUUCGACAUACUUAAAUAAAACAAAUCAUCGACACUCGAAGUGGUCGUAUAACGAAAGUGUGCAUUGAAUCAGUGGAUGAUGGUCGGUGAAAUUCAAUUCUGUUAUUCUGUGGUUCAUCAAAUAAAAAGAAAAAAAAAACGAAAUAAAAAAAAAACAAAAAGCAAAAAACAAAAAAUAGAAAGAAAAAAGGACAGCUUCUCUUUUAGUGACACUUUUACAUGUUGAGAAAUGAAAUAUAUGUCAGAGAACGCGCACGUGCGCGCGUAAAUAGUAUAUAAAUGCGAUUAGUUUAUAUACAAUUGAAAGUAUUAAAAAUUAGUCUUCCUGAGAUCAUCAUACAGGAAGUCGCCUUAUGCACUCUUAGGUAUAUAGCACUGAAAUCUGUGCCUUUUCUAAUUCAGCCUGCCAAUCUGCUAUGUGCACUUUACGUCGAUCAUCUAAAAAAGGAAAAAAGAAAAAAAAGCAAAGAUAAAAAGAACAAAAAAAAAAAAAAGAACUGUAAUCUUCCUUAUAUUUUUAUACAUUUUUCAUAAUAAACAUUAUAUACCUUUACUUUCCUUAGAAGAGAAAAGAUUACGAUUAACGAAUCUGUUUAAAACGGCAUGAUGAUUUAGAUGAGUUUCGACGUGGAGUAUUAGCCUUUGAACAAUUUUUCAAAUGUUCCCAUGUUGUAUUCACUUACAAUUAAAUAAGCAGUAAAUGUAUUUUUCUGCAAUGAACAAGAAACAUCAAAGAUAUAAUCUGUCUAAUCGAGUAUUAAAAAAGUAACAAAAAGAAAAAAAAAGAAAAGAGAAACAGACGAAAAGAAAAUAGUGCCUGUUAUUACAAGAAAAAAAGAAAAAAAAAAAGCAAAGAAAAGAAAAGAAAAUGAAAAAAUCCUUCAUUUAAAGAAUAUUAUAUAUUGUACUUUUAUUUGAUUCGUAAUUUACGAAAUUUUUUUUCUUUUUUUUUUUUUAAUUAUUUUUUUUAUUUUCUAUUUUAUUUUUUUUUAAACAAGAACAAGUCUUUCUAAAAAGAGAGAGAGAGAGAAAGAAAGAGGGAGAGAGAGAGAGAGAGAAAUAAAAGAAAAAAGACAAAAGGAAAAAAAGAACGAAAAGAACGAAAAGACAAAAAUAAAAAAUGCAUUAAAAUCUUCCAUGCCUAUCGUUGGUAUAACAAGGACGUACGUAUGCGUUCACGUAUCACGCUCCGAAAUAUUUCGAAAACCAUUGAGAUGCUUAUUAGUUAAUUCAAACUAUCCAUAAAACUAUCCAUAAUACUGUCCACCAUGAACAGCGAAAAUUCAACUUUGGAGAAUGGUGUAUUGAUACUAACACAAAAUAUUAAGGAGACAAUCGUAAAAAUAGAAGAAUACAUAUAAUUGUUCAUACAUUGACAGGAUUCCUAAGUGAAGAGUGAAGUCUCGCCUUGUUUCCCUCGAGCAGAAAUGAGAGCGAGCUACGUGCCGAAUAUCACUCUACAGCAAUACAACCUUUAAUAGCAAAGUAAUCUAGUUGAAUGGCCAAGUGCGACUUCCAAUACUGUGUAUUCUUUUAAUUAAUUUUUUUUUCUUCUCUUCUUCUUCUUCUUCUUCUUCUUCUACUUCUACUUCUUCUUCUUCUUCAGAAUUCUCUUUUAGAGUUACAAAUGAAAUAUAGAAUAAUAAUGUACACCUUAUAACAACGUAGCAUAUUUUUGGGGGAAAAUGUGUUGGAUAACAAUAAUAUAUUAAAUGUUAAAAGAAUGUGAUCAUUAUCUUUGAAAAGAGUACUCCCUAUGUUAUAAUUAUUAUUGUUUACAACAUCAUCCAGGAUGAUCUUAAAAAGCAAAAUGCAUAUUACUAUAUUCUAUUAUAUUAUAUUAUAUUAUAUUAUUAUAUUAUAUUAUUAUAUUAUAUUAUAUUACAUUUAUAACGAUUGUAAAGUAUUAUAAAAUUAAUUUAAUGAGAUGAGUCAGUUAUAUUUUUGUUGAUAUCCAACAUAGAUUCUUUCUUUUGAAAAUGGCGUGGAAUUUGUGUUUGACUUUAUAUCGAUCUUAUGAUGCAAUAUUGAUUUCAGUCUUUCAUAAUAUAUUACACACAUAUACACAAUGAUAUUUUAUAUAUAUAUAAUUCUUAUAUCGAUUCUUUUGAUAACUCGGAAAAAUGUUAUAGUAGCAAUGAACAAAACGAGAUCCUAAUAUUGAUUCUUUUUCCUAAUUCUGUAUUAAGAACAUAGAUCGAGUAAUUAAAUGUGUAUACUUCGCGUGUAUACAAAUAAUAUUAUUCUAUGCAUGUGUACAUAUUACAAAUGAGACAUUGUGCAAAAUAUAAUUAACGAUAUUUGCAUUUAUUAAGUAAUUUGUAUGAAAUCGCAAUGUCUGAAUUCUAUCGUAAUUAUUUAAAAUUAAAUCUUUAUCUUGUAAAUUAUAUUAUAAAAAGAAUCGAUAUAUAUACGUAUAUAUAUAUAUCGGAUUUUAUUUUCUCUCGGGGGUAUUUCUGUAUCAUGUUGAUUCAUUGCAAUUUAUUACUAUAUUUUAUAGUUGCUAUUAUAGUCAAAGCAUUUAUACUUUUUUUCUGGUAUAGUGCAAGAGGAAUAGGAUUAUGAUUGAUUUUUUUUUCACUUUUGACAGAAGUAUGAGAUAUACUGUAAAAUGUAUGUGAAGAAUUCCACUUUAUUUUCUUAUUUUAUUACGAGUGUAAACAAUCGCACACUCGUAAUAUAAUAAUAGCUUAUAUAUUUGAAUUAAAAUUUAUCCUCUGGUAGUGUAAUCAAAUAGUAAACUAUUACAAGACAGAUCAUAUUAUAUAUUUAUUGUAUUAUCAAGUAAAUAUUAUAAAAAUGUGUACAGCCCUUUACAACCUGCUGGUAAUGUAAUACUACAGUAUUGAUCUCAAAACAAACUAAUCGAGUUAAAAGAACGACACUAUUUGAUUAUAUUACCAAUGGUUCAACAUUUAUUCACACAUCUUAUUUAAUUUAUUGUAUUAAUGAAACAUUAAUUCGAUCCUUAUAUAUCAUUUUGAAUACAGCAUUUUAUGUUAGUAGAAUAUUAAUUUAACACAGAAAGGCCAUGAGUAAUAGUACAUUAUUCAUUUAUUUUAAUGAUUAUUAAUAUAUCCUGAGAUCACACAAUAAUAUAUCUCAUUAACUGAAGAAAUAUACAAUACAUAAACGGAGGAUGUACUCAUAGUAAAUGUUACGUAACAAAAAAAAGAGUCGAAAUUUCUUUUUUUUUUUUAUUAAAUAUUUUUUUCUCUUGCUAAACGAUAUUUUAUAAUUUACUAUUGAAAAAGGGGAAAUUAAUUAAUAUAAAUAUAUUAAGUGUAUAAAAUUUCUACGAUCUUAAAUAUGUACGUUUGAUUUUCCCUAAUAUAUAAUCGCAAAAGCUAGAAAAAUCUAAGAUUGUCAAAAACGUGUGCCUUUUUCCAUUUGAUAUUGUAUAUUUCGCACAUUUCACUGGACGAAGAUUUGGUAUGUUAAUCAUUUCGAUUUUGGAAAGAGAAACUGAAUGAUUAAUAACUUGAUAAUAGAAUAUAAUAAUUCUGCAGUUAAAAUAGCAUUAUUACUACAAAGUUAUUUAUAUAAAAUCCUACAGAGUGGCCUUGGACUACUACUAGAUAUCAUUUUAGCAAGAAAACAGAUCGAAAUAGUUUAAAAUACCACUUUAUGGUUUCUUUUUUCUUCUCUUUUUUUUCAGGUGCAUGAUAAUUAAUUAAUUAAUUAAUUAAUUAAUUAAUAAUGCUGUAUACACACAAAUUCUUACAUACUUUUACAGCUCGGCAAAAAAUUAUUAAAAAGAAUCGCGCAUUUGUUUAUCAUUGAUCAUGUAUCCUAUUAAUUCAUAUUGCAUUUGUUUCACUCAAGACUGUGCAAUGAGAGUUCUUUUUUAUGCUCUGAUACAUUUUAAUAUCUUACAUUUCCACUAUGCAUUUCAUACUGUUAAAGAUAAAAUAUUUACUAUAUUUUCGUUGUGUUUACUUAUAUAAAAAUAUAAAUUAUUGUAGAAUAUUGUAAAGAAAAAAAAAAAGAAGAAGUUAAAAUAUUAUAUUCCUAAGGCCACCCAGUAGAUUAAUAUGUAUGGCAGUGAGUGAUGAAAGAGAUAUUAAAUCGUUAGAUCCUCCUAUAUAUAUACACAUAUAAAUAUAAAUACAUAUGUAUAUACAUACAUAUAUAAAUGUAUACCGUGCAUACGUCGUAUAUGUAUGUAUAUAUGCAUAUAAUAAAAGUAUGCAGUGUGUGAAAGCAUUUAUAUGAAAGAUAAUAGAGACCUGUAAAGGACCAUGCUGUUUGCUGCACUCCAACAGUGCACCCGUCCAAGCAUCCAGAGGAUCCUUAUCAUUUUUGGUUAAUUAUAAUCACUCCAUUAUUUAAACAAAAAGCAAACAAACAAACAAAAUCUAAUUUAAAAGUACUAGCUUAGAUCUUGUAAAAUGGAGGGCAGUAAAUAGCUUGUAAAACAGGAUAGAAAAAUUAUUUAAUAAUUUUAUAUAUAUAAGAAGCAAUGAUAGUAAUAAUUUCGUAAUAAUAAAUAUGUUUAAACUGUCUUGUA